GUGCAAACAUCAACGAUGGCUGAAAUAGAUAACCUGGAAUAUUUCAUAAAAUUUCCGAGCCCGAAUUUUAACUAUAAUCAAAACGGUGAACAUGAUUUUGUGUUCGUUGUGAACGAAGAUAAGAUUCCGGUGAUCCUGUUGUUCGGUUGGGCGGGUUGCCAAGACAAAUACUUGGCGAAAUAUUCGCAAAUUUACGAAGAGAAGGGGCUAAUUACAUUGAGGUAUACAGCGCCGAUAAAAUGCAUGUUUUUGAGGAGAUACCAAAUGAUAACGAUAGGAGAGAAAUUAGUCAAACUUUUAUACGAUCUGAACUUCGAUAACCAUCCUAUUAUAGUGCAUUGCUUCUCCAACGGGGGCGCUUUCCUCUACCAAAAUUUUUCUCUAGCAUUACAAAAAAGUCCUAAAGAACUGCCGAUAAAGGGAGUUAUAUUCGAUUCCGCACCAGGAAGACGGCGAGUUUUGAGCUUAUUCAGAGCCAUUUCGGCUAUAAUUGGAGGAAAUUUCUUCUAUAAUUUCACUAUAUCAUGGCUAAUGACUAUGUUUUUGUCCAUGAUUUGGUUGUAUGAGGUAAUUAGCAAUUCAAUUUACCCCAGACAGAGUUACCAGUCGAAUCCUCUAGAGAACCUAAAAAACGAAAAAAACCGCUGGCCUCAAUGUUUCAUUUAUUCUAAGAAUGAUGUGCUGAUCCCGCACCAGGAUAUCGAGUAUUUCUUGGGAUACAGGAAGAACCUGGGGAUCGACGUGACAGCGGUUUGUUACGAAAAGAGCCUGCACGUGAAACAUUUAGCGGAAAACAGGGAUAGUUACGUUAAAACGGUUUAUAAAUUUAUUAACAGAUGCUUGAAUGGAAACAACUAAAUAGGUGUAUUGGUCUGAAUUUACAAUAAUUAAGUACCUACUCUUUGCUAAGUUCGGUAUCUUCAACAAGUAAUUUAAUAUGCCUACCUGUCGUAUGAUUGAUUUUCUGCACGUAUUUAAGCACAAUAUUUAAAGGCUAUUAUUUUGGAAAAUACUUAUUAUUUUUCAACCUAUAAACAGAGCAAGCUUUUUAGAGAUAUAUUUUUAAUACUGGCACAAAUUUAUACUAUUUAGCAAGCACAAUUUAAUUUUACCGUCAGACUCUUCGGUCGCAACCAUUAUAACUUCAUGAUACUCCUCUUGGAAAUGUAGAUGUUAAAUAAAGUAAAAACAUUUUAGAUAUUUACCUAAUAAAAUUAUAUGAAAUAUAUUAAAUUUAAUAAGUAUACCUACUAGUAAUUUCCAUAAAAACAACAAAUUGUACGAACAAAUAUCGAAAAAAACUUACCUACUUGUAUGUAAU